UUCUUCGAUACCUGCCCCCAACCUCCCUGCUCUCCCGUUAGUGUUAGUGGUGGGAUCAGACCGGAGUCCCAGCCGCUAACUCAGGCCCAGGGCCCAGGCCGGCUGAGCGCUCUGUGCUGGACGGAGAUGGCCUUGGUGCUGGUCGCUGCCUUUUGCCUUCUGAGCGGUGCCUACGCCCAGGAGUGGGGUGUGACACUCGCACCAGGGCCCCUUGCUGGAUGGGCCGGCUCCUGCGUGACCAUCCCCUGCUCCUUCACCUACCCCGCAGGGUGGACGGUCAGUGCCGUGAACUGGACACGGAACGGGAAUCAAACCGUGUAUCACUCGGACGAGGCUCGUUUCCACGCUGCCUUCAAGGGGCGCGUCCGCUACCUGGGGAACAAGCAGCACAACUGCUCCCUGCGGGUGGCGGGGCUGCGCCCCAGCGAUCAGGGCACCUACCGCUUCCGGUUCGAAGUAGUGGGCGAUAGCAGCAGCCGUAACGCAUGGACGGGUCAGCCAGGACAGUGGCUCAAUGUCUCCGGUAACCAGGACCCACCACCCCCACCCCUCCAGGUCUCUCUCUCUCUCACAUACACACACAUGCUCCAUUUCUGCCUUGCUCUGAAAUCCAAGUGCUUAGAGCUGGGAGCCAGGAGUAAAGCUGGGGGAGUGGUUAGAGGAGCGACCAGGACUCCUGGGUUCUCUCCCCAGCUCUAGGGGAAGGGGGGGAUAGUGGUUAGAGCAGGGGGGCUUGUGGGUCAGACUCCUGGGCUGUGUUGUCAGACCCACGUCCCCGUCACUCUGUCUAACCCUUGGCCUGUGCUGAAGAGCCGCUGAGACUGACCCUGCAGCCAGCGUAAUGCAGCAGGCGUGAGGGGCUCUCGGGGGGAGCCCGAUAGUGGGACUGGGACCCUGCAGGACCCCCCGGCAGAACAGCAGGAGCGGGUAAAAUGUGCUUUGUUGAGGGGGGGGUUCAGGUGGGCAAAAAAACAGGCUGUGGGAAUUGGCGGGAAAACACUAAAUCUCACAAAUGUACCAAGAGUCGCCUACUGGGGAAAUUGCUAAAUAUUUCGUUUGAGCUUCUCUUUCCUCUCCAUGUUUCUCUCCCUCGCUCCAAACCUGGGGAAAUGCACCGGCCCAAGGCAGGUCAGAGACCCGUUCUGUGAUAACAGGAGUUACAGUGUGUUUGUACCUGGCUCAAGCAAGAUUUGUUUGAUUCUUUUAGUGGUAAAAAUUGGGUCUGAAUUCCGUUGGUAUCGAUCCUGUCUUCACCCACCGGUUUCUGUCUGUCUGUCGGUCGGUUGGUUUUUAGCAGCGUGGGGGAAUCUGUCUCUCUUGCGGGAUUUGUGGGAUCGAAGGUUUUUAUAGCUGGGAGGGGGAUGAAAAUGCAAAAACCAAAGCCGGGCACUUGAAUAACAGGAACAGGACAGAAUUCAAAACAGUCCCGCUUAGGGCUCUAGUCUGAGGCCCGAUGUGUGGUGCCCCCACUGGCGGCUGCCCCCCUCCGGGCAGACCCAACGCUCCCCGUGUCUCAGGCCAAAUUUUGCUGCUCUCCCCCAUUGCCAGG